GGUGGCCCCCAGCCGUCAGGACUGAGAUGGGAAAGAGUGUGGGUGCCCCCAGGGGGGCUUUUCUGUAAAGUGACCGGGCCCAUGGGGGACAUGCAGUCACGGGUGACUGCAGGCCCCCGUGCGGCCAGGGCACCCAUGGGGCCUCUCGGGGAGGUCACCGUGGUGCCCGGCUCACAGCCCCCAGGAGGAAGCUACACGUGGGUACAGAGUGCAGGCUGGCGGCACCUUGGGGAGGUGGGGUCCCGUGGGUGGGUGGCCCUCGGAGGGACCUUUGCCGACCGGCAGCGGGCUUCAUCCCGGGCGUCCCAGCCAGAGCCGCCAGGACACAGCUGGGGCAGGGCAGAGAGCCUGGCCCACCCCGUCAGGCUUGCAGCCAUCGGGGCACCCGGGGGGCGUCUGCUUGGCCCUGGGUGCUGUGUCAGCACAGCCAGGGCUGCGGGGAGGCUCUGCCCUCUGUUCUGGGGGGCGGCUGCCCGGGAACCUCCUGCCUCCAGGCUGACAGCCUUAAGGGGCUGUGGGUCGCCCAUGGGGUUCCUGUGGGCGCAAGAUGACCCUCGGCUUCCCCGGGGCCCCCUAGAGCCCCUCUUCUCUAAUGUCCUGUCCCCUGCCUUGCCUGCAGCCCCCAGCCUCAGCCCUGCCCCAUCCCCGGCAGCAAAACUCAACUCUGCAUUUCAGCCUGCAGCCCUCUGGUCCCCACACGUGAGAUGCUUCCCCUGACUUCCCAGGCCUGUGUGGCCUGGCCCGUUGGGCUCUCAGCCGCCGGAGACCCCUGGGCCUGGGUGCGACUGUCUCAGGCCCCCAAAUAGUUGGGGGGGCAUCACUGGACUCGUGAGCCCGUGACCCUGAUGGGCAUCCUGGCCAGAAAGCGGUGGGCAGGGUUGGGGGGCACCCGAGAUGGGGGUGGGGCAGCUGGCAGGUGCAGGGCGUCUGGGCCGGGCACCACGCACAGCCGCCUCCCCAGUUUCUCUCCGUCACCCAUUCCUCACCCGGACUCCAGGCCCUCACGUAAGAAGCCAAGAUAAGGCCGAUUUGUGGGCUAGUCAGUUCGGGCCAAAGCAGGCAGGUGGGGCGCCCGUCGUCCCCCCAGCCCCACUGUGUCAACCGCCAAGGGGACCCCUGCCCCGGGAGGUGAGCCCGGCCCGGGGGCCACGCUGCAGCUCGCUGGUCCAUUCAUCCGCUCACUCAGCGCCGGAGGAGCACCCAGAGCUGUCAGAAGUCAGAGGUCAGCAAGAGGCCGUACCCACUGCAGAGGUGGGAGGUGGCAGCACGGCAGGGCGAGCAGGGCCUGAGGGGGUGACCCGAGGGCAGAGGGCCUGGCAGGGGCCUGGGCGCCGGGCCCCAGUAGGAGCCGGCUUCCAAGGCCAGGCCGACUUUGGGGACCAAGCUCACUGCUGGGUGCUGGAGAGACAGGACCGGAGGAGUCCCCUCAUGGCCAGAGGGCCUCACCAAGCCUGUCGGGAGCCCAGAGUGUGUGUGGGGAUGGGGGGGCCGGGGGGGGGGGGCCGGGCGCAAGUGCGCCCCCCAAGCCCCGGCUUCAGCCCAGCCUCUGGCCUGUGGGGGACACCAGACUCUACACCCGUGUGGGGACCUCUCCCCACACUGGCCAUUUCAUGUGCCCCCGGCAGCCCUCAGGGAUCUGAAGCUGGUCCUCACCCCACCCCUUGGGGGGCAGGCCUCUCUCCUGCCCCUCUGGCCAAGCACAGCUUCUGUGUCCAGCCCAGGACUCCCAGGUGUCCUGAGGACUCCGGGACCCCACAUCUGAGAGCCGCAACUGGACGGGGCGGUCGCCGUGGGCCUCGUUCUCUGCCCGGUCCGGCAACCUGCCAGGGACAGGACAGAAGGCCAGCCAAUCCCGGAAGCGGGCCGCGCCCCCGGCCAGCAUGAUCCCAGCAAGUGUAUAAAUACACCUGCCGGGAGCCCACGCCCAGAGAACUCACACCCGCC